AUGGAUGAUGUGAUGAUACAUGAGUCCACUCAAGCUGAGCAUGAAAUGAGAGUGAAAGCAGUGCUGAGAAGAGGUAGGAUUGACAUUCAACAGUGGAGCUCAGGACUUCAAUGCGAGUUCAGAAGUGAAGCCAGCAACAGGAGCCAGAAGUCAGGAGCCACCGAACAAGGGACUCCGAGGACUAAGCAUCCAGAGGACCAACAGCAGGAUGAGAAGGCCUUAGUCCCUACAACUGAGAGGAGAACAAGUUACGGUAGACUGGAGAAGGCACCACAAUGCUUAGCAGCGCAAGAGAAGUAUUGUCUGCCUGAAGAGAUGCAGCGGUCCAGAUUACCUAUUUACCAACCAUGGCGUGCACAUACUGCAGUGCCUCCAUUGGAAGCCCCGAUUGCCAAGAUGUUCAGAACAGGUAAAAUCUUGCAGCCUUCAUUGAGAAAUCACCCUGUGAACCUAAAGCUCCCAGAAUUUGAUAAAGAUUUGCCUCAGGCAUUUAAUUUUUCACAGAAAGUGUCUAGUGCUGUCACGUUUGAGGCAACUUCAAAGCCAAGUAAAGUGGCUUUAAACAAAAGAAAGAAAAUGCCCCCAUUAUCGAGGAUGACUCGUGCUGACAUGGAAAAAUACAUGGUUCUGAAAGUGGUUGAAGCAGAGCUUCGAGACCAAAAUCAGCUUUUGGAAGUUGCCCAGCAGCAGUUAAAGCAGGAACUGAAGAUGGCGAAGGACCAGACUAAUAAGUUAAUGGUUGAGUCUGAGAGCUUGCAAUCUGAGAAGGAAGCAAUGAGCAAGAGGCUACAGAACUGCAUAAUCAUACUGGAGAGCAACCUGAUCGAUCCUGUUUCAGCCAAUAAAAUAAUUGAAGACCGUGAGCUGAAGAAUGCAUGCCAAAGGGACACAGUGGUACAUGUGGAGAAUCUCCAGGCAGAACUAGAAACAUGGGGAAAAUAUACAGCAGACAAGAGAGAGAAGCUUCAAGAGAUGAGGCUGAAGUUGCACAACACAAAAGAGGAAAGUAAUAAAAUUGUAGAGGAGACAGACUUGAUCCUGAAGGAGCUGGAGGAAUGGAGAAUAACUUUAAAUCAAUCCAAACAACUUUUAGAUUAGGACUUUGAAUGUUCUGAACCUUGCAAUUAAAAUAAAUCAUGUUACGCUGUAUAUAAAAUGUAUAUGUUUAAAGGAGUUGCACUAAGGAAAUGGUGGAAUUGGAUGUGAAAUAAAGAUCCUGCUACUACUCA